AUGGCGCUUAAGAGAAUUAACAAGGAGUUGACCGAUCUCGGCCGACAUGUAGUGNACCCUCCCUCAUCCUGCUCUGCUGGUCCCAUCGGAGAUGACCUGNNUUCCACUGGCAAGCCACCAUCAUGGGUCCCGNGUGACUCCCCAUACUCGGGCGGCGUCUUCUUCCUCGCCAUCCACUUUCCCACAGACUACCCCUUCAAGCCUCCCAAGGUCAACUUCACCACCCUCCUGCUCUCCAUCUGCUCUAUGUUGACCGACCCCAACCCUGACGACCCGCUCGUUCCCGAGAUCGCACACGUCUACAAGACUGACCGCUCGCGCUACGAGGCUACGGCCAGAGAGUGGACAAGAAAGUACGCCAUCUAA